CUCCCUCAAAGUUUGCCCCGUCAGUGCUCAGUCAGGAACGGACAGCGUGAAGCCUGUCAAUGAACUCCUCCAGCCUGACUUUCACUGCUCCUUCACAGGUUUCAUCGACUUAUUAAAGAGGUGGUUGCUAAGAGAUGACAAACGGUGACAUUGGCGAGAGCCUCUGAUGUAGAGCAGGCUGAAGCUCCACAUCUCCAGGACCUCGUCCUUCCACGCCUCUGUCUGUUCCUGGCUCAUGUGAAGGACGUGGGAAACACUCAUCAACAGACUCACUAAGAUCAUGGCAGCUUUUACUGCCCCUUGUGCUGCCACCAAUACAGUGACCGCUGUGGGGGCUCGAACAGCAUGGCAAAGGCAAGGAAGCAGCGAAGAGGCGGGUAAAUCUGAAAACGGGGACGUGGGACAGCACACUAUCCGGGAGAAAACCCACGAAUUCUUCCAGAUGUGUGAUAUCGAGAACAAGGGCUUCAUCACCAGACGUGAUAUGCAGAGGCUGAACGGCGGGCUGCCUCUCAGUGCGGAGGAGUUGGAGAACGUAUUUGAUACACUUGAUUCUGAUGGCAAUGGAUACCUUACCCUCGACGAGUUCUCCUUCGGCUUUAGCGAGUUUUUAUUCGGCCAGAAGAUUCCUGUAGAGGAAGACAUGAGUGAGAAAACCCCCUGUAAAAGCCCGGCAGAGGUCCUGUACCAGACCAAGUGGGAGGAGAGCCUGGCAAGAGGAGAUGAGGAUGAAGAGGAGAAACACUUUUGCAUGCUUAUGGAGAGCCUCGGAGCCAACAGUGUCUUUGAAGAUCCUGCUGAGGUGCGCAGUUUGUGGGCCCAGCUGCGCCGAGAUGAACCAUACCUUUUAUCCAAUUUUGAAGACUUCCUUGCCAGAGUGACAUCCCAGAUUAUAGAGGCUAACCAGGAGAAGAAGGAGAUGGAGAGUGCUCUCAAAAGGAAAGCAGCAACACAUGAUGAUGAGAUCCAGCGUCUUUAUGAGGAAAUGGAGCAGCAAAUUAAAAAUGAAAAAGAAAGGAUUGUGCUGCAGGACUAUGAGCGGUUUCUUUCUCGUAGUCAAGACAUGGAGCUGCAGCUGUCCAGUAAGGAGAAGGAGCUGGAGCAGCUCUUUCAAAAACAGAGAAGGCUGGAGCAUCAGUGCCAGGAGCUUCACAGUGAACAAAACGUGACCAAGGUGGAGAACGUGAAGCUGAAGCAGACGAACGACGAGUUAGCGCGGGAUCUGGAGCACAUCAGCCGAGAGCUGAUCCAGGCCCAGGAGCAGCUGAGUGUGCUGCAGGAGCAGUCCACACGGCUUCAUGAGGAGAAGGAGAUGGAAAUAUACAGACUGACUGAGGGACUGCAUCGAGAGCGAGCGAGCCUCCUCAAACAGCUGGACCUUUUGAGGGAAAUGAACAAACAUUUGCGGGAUGAAAAGGACAUGUGUUACCAGAAACCAAAGAAGACACCAGGAUCGAACCAGAGGCCUUUAAUCAAUCUUGUGAAACACACAAACACACAAAUCUUCAAAAGUGAGGAUGAGGAAGAACUGACCACCAGCUCUGUGAGGAAGGACCUAGCCAACGGGUCUUGCCAGUCCUCUUGCACAGCGAAGACAAGGGGGCACCUCCAGAGGAUCAUCUCCAUUGAGGAGGACCACCUCCCACACUUGCUCCAGAAUGACUGUCAGGCUCAAGCUCCACUCCAGGAGUGUAGUGAAGGAGAGGAAGCCUCAGACAAUGAGGAGAAUAUAGACUUGGUGAUGAGCGAUAUUUACCCACGUGCGACCGCUGCCCAGCAGCAAAAGUCAAAGGAAAUUGUGGAGAAAAGGCAAACCCCCACAUCUCUGAGGGGUCAGCCUGUUGGCAAGGAGACCAGCAUAAAUGAGGAAGGUGGGCGCUCACCACCUGACCGCCUCUUCAAGAUCGUCCUGGUGGGGAACUCAAGUGUCGGAAAGACCUCCCUCCUUCAACGAUUUUGCGACAACUGCUUCCACCCUGGUACCUGUGCUACCGUGGGUAUAGAUUACAGUGUAAAGACAAUAACUGUGGACGACAGCCAGGUGGCACUGCAGAUGUGGGAUACAGCAGGACAGGAGAGAUAUCGAAGCAUCACCAAACAGUUCUUUCGCAAGGCUGACGGUGUGGUUGUGCUGUAUGACAUCACAGCCGAGCAGAGCUUCACGGCUGUCAGGCAGUGGCUGACAAGUGUAAAGGAGAGCGCAGGUGAAGACAUCCCCAUCAUGCUCCUGGGAAACAAGACAGACAAGGAGCUAGUGAGACAAGUUCAGAAAGGAGUGGGCGAAAGACUAGCAAAGGACUGCCACAUGACUUUCUAUGAGUGCAGUGCAUCCUCCGGACACAAUGUGGUGGAGUCCAUGGUUCAUUUAGCCAGAAUUCUCAAAGAGCAAGAGGACAGAGAGAAGGAGAAGACGAUCCAGCUGGUGAGCAGCCCCUCAGAUAAGAGGAGAUCCUGCUGCUAGCAGAUACACUUACAGUAACACAUACACAGUCACACUACAGUUACUAACAAACACAGUGUGAUAGUGUGACCACGUGUGCCACAGAGGACACAUUAUUCUGAAUGUCGGCACAACUGUUUCUUCACGGUCUUCCUUCCACCUGGUAGCACUCUGGGUAAACCCAACACCACAAUGAAUACUGCAUGUAUGUUGUCACGUUUCACAAAUGUUAUUGCACUAACAGUCUAUAAACAGUCUACUCUGUAUGUUUACCCAAGUUAUUGGUAUUAAUAAUAAUGCUAAUAAUAAUAAUAAUGAUGUAACCCUUUGAAGGUUAGAUAUUUAAACAACUGAACAAAUUUAAGUCAAACUGAGAUCUCUUUGAGUCAAACUAAGACCUUUUUCAUUUUUUAAAUGUUAGAUAGCUCUUAAAUAUUUAUUUAUCUGUCACAUGUGGGCUUUUUACUGGUUUUGCUUCCUCCUCUUUUGCAUAUGUACAUAACAAGGACACAAUAACAUAAACCGCUGUAAAAUUGAAUGCAUUAUCAAGCAGCCCUGCAAUAAACAGUACAUUAGUGUGGUGAGACUGCCACAGAGGUGUUGAUUUAACUAUCAGGACUAAGUUUAGUCGUGAUGAUGUGUGGCAUGGCUAGAUAGUGCACAGGUGUCUUUGUGGCUCCACCUAGUGGACAAAGUAAAGCAGCACAGUGCAGAAGUAAAGUGCUUCUGUGUUUUGUCCACUGAAUAAACAAAAAGUAUUGUGUGCUUAAAUCACAGAAAACAUUGUGAACCUAAAAUGCAGUAUUUGUUGCCGGGCUGUCAUAUUUAAUAGUAUUUUUAUUCUACAAUUGUUUGUGCUGUUUUGUCCUCUGUACAUUAUUAAUUAGUCUGUGUUGCCUUUGCUGGUACUGUGCUACCUGAGCAUUUCUUUUUUCUUUAGUUUCUAUUUAAUGGCUCAAGCUUUGCUUUUUCUUUUCAGUUGGAAAAUAACACAGAUCAUUAUUUUUUCCCUGAAUAGACCAAAUGAAGUUUAUUGCAAAAGAUGUUUAUUUCAUAUCUCCUGAAACUGCCUCUGUGCCAAGUAUUUUAUGAAAGUGGUGUCACUUUAAGAUGUUAUGUAAUCUGUAUGUUAUAGGAAGGUUAAACUUUGAGUGGAAGUUCAGAUUUUACUGUUUGCACUAUAGUCAUUAGUGCUUCACUACUGCUGUCUUGUACAUCACUUAAAUGUAUAUAAAACAUGUAAAUAGCUUAGAACAAAGUAAGAAAGAAUGUUUCAUUGUCAUUUCUUCCUGGUACAAUGACAUUAAAUACAGCAUCUCCCAGUG